UUGUUGUUUUUCCACCUCUAACUAAAUAUAUAAGUACAGAGAUUAGUGCAAAAUUGUUGUUGUUAGAUUAGUUUUUGGCCAUUGUGAGCCAGCAAAUGCACUCAAUUGGCACUACAUGUUAAAGGAUAUUGGCUUCUCGCGGAUCCGGAUCAAAUUGUCCAGGCAGCAGGAAGCGGGGCGUACCAGCGGUCGUCGAGAAUCUGGAUUGGCUAAGGUUUAAUGGAUGACACAUCACCAUGGGAAAGCUACUAUCAAAAAUUUUCGGCAACAAAGAAAUGCGAAUUCUUAUGCUCGGACUGGACGCAGCUGGCAAAACAACGAUUCUGUACAAACUGAAACUAGGGCAAUCAGUUACAACGAUACCCACUGUGGGCUUUAACGUGGAAACCGUCACCUACAAGAACGUCAAGUUCAACGUAUGGGAUGUCGGUGGACAGGAUAAGAUUCGACCGCUCUGGCGACACUACUAUACGGGAACACAGGGUCUUAUUUUCGUAGUGGACUGUGCGGACCGGGAUCGAGUGGAUGAGGCGCGCACGGAGCUGCAUAGGAUAAUUAACGAUAGGGAGAUGCGUGACGCCAUCAUUCUGAUAUUUGCUAAUAAACAGGAUCUGCCUAAUGCAAUGAAACCCCAUGAAGUCCAGGAAAAACUAGGUUUAACUAGAAUAAGAGAUCGCAAUUGGUAUGUACAACCGUCAUGUGCCACAUCCGGCGAUGGCCUAGCCGAGGGCCUGAUUUGGUUAACGUCGAACCAUAAGUUAUGAGAGUCGUAAUUGAGCAUUUUCUUAUAUGUAUGUAUAUGGCAUGUAUUAUUCGAAGCGAAGCAAAAGCAAAAUAUUCUAUUUUAUUUAUACGAAGAAAAAAAACAGAAAACAGAGAGAAAAACCGAUACAUUAAACCGCAAGCGCAUAGUAAAGAAGCCCAAUUCGUAACCUACGAACGUACAUAACUUAACAAAAGUGUUAAAAAUGGUAUAUAGAAGUCAGAUUUAGAUAUAUAUAACGAUUAUAUAUAUUCUCUCAAUUAACCAACCAAUAUUCUCACUAGUAAUGAUACACAUACAGAAUAAACGAAGCAUCAACAAUAUAAGCAACCAAUAAAUAUGCGUAAAAUAAAUUAUGCGUGAAGCACAGAGAUAUAAAGCAAAACAUCAACGGAGAUUAGUGUUAAGUAAGUUUUUCUUGUAAAUUAUAUUGAUGAGACAUGUAAGCAAUAAGUUGAAAGCUUGUUUAUUGCAACUGUUACUAUAUAUUUGACUUGAACAAGGGUAACGAGUCUUAAAUAAAUUGUAAAUAAAUAUUCAAAUUAAAGCCCAUAUACAACAACAAACAAAAUAAAUGAAAACACCGAACAAACGAUUGAACAAACCUAUAGAUUGCUAUUUAGAUUAAAACUGAGUCUUCAAAAAUAUAAAGAAAUAGUAACUGUGCCUUCCUCAA